UACAAAAACAAACCCAUUUCCUGCUGAGCAACAUUUUUAAAGGCCAUCCAGAUUUUCCAGUAGUGCUCUUUGUAAGUGGAUGUUACUGAGAGACAGAAAUAACAAGAGAGAAAACAGUUUUAUUCUGUUUUAUCAAUCAGAUAAAAUAUUUUCCUUUAAACACCCACAGUGAGCAUUUGAUUGGAUCCAAGUCAGUAGAUCUUGAUUUGUUGUAUUUUAAAUACAGUAAACAGGAGCAACUAAAAAUGAAUGGAAGUCAAUGCAGUGUCCUCUGCUGAAAAAGAUGUGUGACCUUGUAUUUGAUACAAUAUAAGGAGCGUUUUCCUAACUAUCAGUUGCCCAAAGAAUAGUUUUAAAUAAGCAAUAUGUUUUCUCUUUCAUUUUCCUUUAAAUUAAAACUUUACCUUCUGGAACAUGAGUUAAAUCUGAGCCUUUUCUGUCCUGAGCUGUUUUUCAGUCAGGCAUUUUUAAGAUCAAGCCGUUUGUGUGAGAUCAUGUGACCCGUUGCUCCUCCUCCACUGCAGUAUAAAGGCUGGUAGUUCAGCCCAUCUUUGCUCUUCCUGGCUAAUCCCCAUCACAGAUUCUUCAUAUAAAACUGCCAUGGAGCUCAACUGCAGAAACCUUCCUGAUCUCAGAGAACUGCCUGUCACACCUGAAGAGUAAAGACCCCAGCGACCUGUACAGGGUGACCACACCUGUAACCGGACGCCAGUCCCCCUCACCACUCCAUUAAGGUUCCUAAACAUCUGAGAGACCAUAGCUGGUUUCCACUGCAGGCUGCACAAUGGACAGAAGGACACCAAACCGCUCAGGAUGUCCUGCCAUCUACCAGAAGGAAACCACAAAAACUAACUUUGGGACAGUGACCAGAGUCACCGUUGGUAGAAAUGAACUGAACAAACCAAAUAAAACCAUUUUACUUGUUGGUGAAAAAGGAGCAGGAAAGUCUGCUCUGAUCAACGCUCUGUUCAACUACACCAUGGGAGUGAGGUGGCAGGAUAAGGUCUGGUAUCAGAUCAUAGAAGAUGGAGGUCAAAGUCCAACAUCAGAUGUCAUCAUGUAUGAGAUCUUUGAUUCUGAGAAUAAAACUUUGCCCUACUCUCUCACCAUCGUUGACACGCCUGGUUAUAGAGACACAGAUGGACUUCGACAUGAUGUCAUCAUUAAUCAAAAAUUGUUUGAUUUGUUUCGGUUAGAAGACGGGAUCCAAGAGGUUCAUGCGGUUGGUGUGGUGAUGAAAGCAACAGAAACGAAAAUGAGUGACCAACUGUCAUACGUCUCUGAUUCAGUGAUGUCUCUGUUUGGAAAAAGCUUGGAGAAAAACACAGUGGCAUUCAUUACUCACUCAGAUAGAACAGCACCUAGCAUUUCUCUCAAGGGUCUUCAGGCUGGAGGAAGUCAAUGUCCUUACUUCAUAUUCAAUAAUCGUCAGUAUGAGGCCCAAACAGAGAAAACUAGCACAGAUCUGGAAGAAGCAUGGAGACUGACAGAGAGGGGAAUGAGCCAGUUCACAGCUUUUCUUCAAAAGGUCUCAGCUCAGCAGCUGCAGGUAACAGUCAGCUUUAACUCAUUCAUCAGACUGACAGCCUCCAUCCAAAACCUGCAAGAGAAAAUCAAACUAACUGAACUGAAACAGAAAGAAAUCAAACAGAUUCAAGAAGCUAUGAAGAGACACAAAGAAGAGGCGAAGUUUAACAAGAAAUUAAUUGUGGAGGUAGAUGAAGCCUACAAAGAUAAAGAACUUAUUGAAGGUGAGACGUCAUUCUUUAAAUCAGCUGUCUGCUGCACCGUCUGUGAGGAGAACUGCCACUAUCCUGGAUGUACGAUGGCCCUGAGCCCUGAAGAGUGUGAGGUCAUGCAAUUAACAUCCUGCACCAUUUGUUCUGGGAGAUGUUCUGCAUCAAAACAUGUUAAAGGCAACUGGAGGUAUGUGACCAAGACAAGAAAAGUUCAGAGAACCAAGGAGGAAUUAAAACAAAGAUAUUUCAAGAGUAAUUCAGACACAAAGGAGACAAAACUUACAGAAGCUUUAGUACAGGAAAUGGAACAACUGAACAGAAAGAAGGGAACUUGGAUAGAAAAGUCGUAUCAAUGUGCCAUCAGAUUGGAUCCAACUCUCCUCAAAGUGAAUUCAGUUUCCACAUACAUCAAUUUGGACUUCCUGAUCAAGAAGAUAAAGGAUGACGGAAACACAGAGAAGGUCCAUAAAUUAGAAAUGAUAGACAGCCAGAUGGAUGGAGGAGCCAAAUCAGUCAUCGGAUGCAAGGUUGACAGCACAUCCAUACAACAUAUAAUCUCUAACAGUGAUGUCAUCAGCUCAGAAACUCUGGUUAUCUACCAGCUUAAAACAAGAAAAGAGACUGUUGAGACCCUGACCAGAGUGACCUUUGGUAAGAAAAAACAGAACAAGCCAAAUAAAACCAUCCUGCUUGUUGGUGAAACAGGAGCAGGGAAAUCUACUCUGAUAAACGCCCUGGUCAACUACGCCAUGGGAGUGACAUUUGAAGACAAAGUCUGGUUUCAGAUAGUAGAAGAUGAGAACAGAAGUGAGACAGAAAGCCAGACAUCAGAUGUGAUUGUGUACCAGCUCUUUGGUUUUGAAGGUAAAACUCUGCCCUUCUCUCUGACCAUCAUCGAUACUCCUGGAUAUGGAGACACUAGAGGGAUUGAACAUGAUGUCAUUGUCAGUGAAAGAUUAUUUGAAUUGUUUCGAUCAGAAAAUGAUAUUCAUGAACUUCAUGCGGUGGGUCUGGUGGUGAAGUCGAGCGUGAAUCGUCUGAGUGACCGACUGCAGUACAUCUUUGAUUCAGUGAUGUCUCAGUUUGGAAAAGACAUUGAGAAAAACAUUGUAGCUCUGGUCACUCACUCCAAUGGAAGAAGACCAAAGGACUUGCUUCAAGCUCUCAAUGCUGCCAAGAUUAAAUGUGCCAGAGAUGAGAAGGAGCAACCUGUUUACUUCCUUUUCAAUAACUGCCAACAUGAAGAACGAAUAGAGGAAGAGCAUCAUAAAAAUGCUGAUAAAAUAGCAAUGGGAGGUCUGAGUUACUUUACUGCCUUUCUGGAAAAAACUGCACCUCAAAAACUAGACAUGACUUUAGAUGUUCUCAAUGAACGGAUCAGAUUGUCUGCCUGCAUCCAGAACCUGGAGGAAAGAAUCCGUCUGUCUGAGCUGAAAGAGACAGAAACUAAACAGAUUAAAGAAGCUCUGGAGAACCACAAAGAAAAGAAGGAGAAGAAGGAGAAGUUUGCUGUAGAAAUUCAUGAAGCAUACAAAGAAAAAGAAGAAAUUGAAGGAGAGAUGUGGUUGAUGACUUUAAUUAAAGGAGCAGUCUGCUGUACUGUCUGUGAGGAAAACUGUCACUAUUCGGGGUGUACUAAACUCCCCAAAGACUGCGAGGUGAUGAAAGAUGGCCGCUGCACUGUUUGCUCUUCAAAAUGUCCCGUAUCUACUCAUGUGAAAGGAAAGUGGAGAUAUGUGACAAAAACGAGGAAAGUUCAGAUGAAUAUGGAAGACAUAAGUAAAAGAUCAAAAAUACAAAGACGUUUGAGCUUUUUAGAGAGUUUUAAGGAUGAAAUCACAGACCUGAAAGCAGAGAAAUCUAAUUUGCUUGAAGAGAGCUUCCAACAUGUUGUCAAUCUGGAGCAGAUUGCUCUCAAAGUUAAUUCUGUGUCCACAUUUGUCCACUUGGACUUCUUGAUUGAUAAGAUGAAAGAAAAUGGAGACACAGAGAAGGCCCAAAAGCUAGAGGAAAUAAAGAAAAAGGGAGAUGAAGGAAUUGGUUCCAUAUUGAAGUACAUGUGGGGUAAAAUAAAAAUAAAGUGAAAGAAGAACUAAACAGUCAUCUGGGAACCCUCUGACUCUGAUUUGAUGUCUGCAUUAUAUUUUUCAAGUCUCUGGAUCAAAUUAGCCACAAAAUGGAGACUGAUACAUAAAACUGUCAGGAAAACCUUCAUUAGGCCAUUUCUAAUAAGUCAUUACGGGUUUAUGGUUAUAAUCCGAUCCACUACAAUGUCAGUAAAAUACGAGAUGUGUGGAUUGCCAAAUAGUUUUUCACCUCUAUGGGUAGGUUUUAUGUUUCUACAUGCAUGUGUCAGGAUGGUUAAGUCUGCCUUUGAAAGUUACCAGAAAAAUAAUUAGUUUGACUCCAUUGUGUGUCAAGUGUCAGGUUUGGUGUGGGGAGGAUUCUGAUGUGGGGAGCCCACUUCCCCUGUGAACGAACUUGACUUGCAAAGGAGCAUGAACUCAAGAAAGCUAUUAUGAGGAAAUGAGGACCGGUGGACCGCUUGCCAUGAACAAUGGACCGGAAUAAUAGAAGAAAUCUGCAUUAUGGAAAAAUUGACACAUCGUUUGAGACUGCAGAAAGCACAAAUGGAAGAUGUUGUUUUCCAUUUAUGCUAAAUUUUUCGGAUUGUAAUUUCCACCAAUUUAGUUUUCUUGUUUGGGUAGUUAGAAUAUAUUUAAGUUAGUUUAGAACCAAAAUUUGUAAUUAAUUUUUAUAUUUGGGAUUGUUUAGAUUGCGUUGCUAAUUGUUAGACCCUUCCAUUAAUUUGCGUAAUUAAGAACACCGGGUGCUUGGUGGAGGUUUGUUGUUUGGUAAAUGUCUGGUGUGUUGACAGGAGGUUUUAUAAAUUAUUUAUUUUACCUCUUUUUAGAGCUUCAAACGUCAAAUUGAGAUUAAUUUUUGUUUUCGACUAAGUUGCAAGACAUUUUUUGUAAUUAUUUUGUCUCUACUUUUGCAAUAAAUAAAUCAUGUACAUUUUUACAAAACAAUCAAGUCGGAAGUGCGUGCAAAUCAAACCACCUGUUACCACCAACGGCCUUUGUUUGAAAUUUUGGGUUUUGGAACAUAGAAGGCCGCGACAGAAGAAAAGUGGACAAAUCAGGAAAAGUACUUCUGAUGGGAAAAAGGUCAAAGUUUUAUGCUAUGUAAUGUUGAAUGUGAAUUGUCCAUAUAUGUUAUGAAAAACGCUAAUAAACGGUUUUGUUCCAAAGGUU